AUGGCCUUUGAGGUUCAAUCUGCCCAGGUGGGCAUUUACUGUGGGCUUGUAGUGCUGAUACCCCGGAUUGCGAAUCGCUCAGACCUCCCAACUUGCAGGUUCCUGUUACGGAGUACUUGUCACUUGACCCAUUUCCCCCUCUUUGGGCUUGGUGAGAUCGUCAUUGCCCAGGUGUCGACCAUGAUGACCCAGGUGCUUCCCAUCCGGGCUCUGACCCACAAUAUCCGGUAUGCAACCUCCUCGCCUUUCCAGGGCGAGCGGCCUUGGAGUGAACGGAAACAACUACUGCUCAAUGAACUCCAUUACGAAACCCGACACUGCCAGGAGACUUUUGUCUGUCUGCAGGAGGUUCUCCAUAACCAGCUGGGGGACAUUCUCGCGGGAUUAAACGAGGAAACAAAGCCCGAGGCCCCGGGGUGGGAGUAUAUCGGCGUUGGCAGAGACGACGGCCAUGAGUCCGGGGAAUACUCGCCCAUCUUUUAUCGGGCUGCAGUUUGGGAAUUGGUGCACUGGGAAACGGUGUGGCUAUCGAGGACACCCGAAACGCCGUCAAAAAGCUGGGAUGCGGCCUCUAUUCGCAUCGUGACCAUUGGUGUUUUCACCCAUCGGCAGACCCAGAAUACCAUCCUGGUGAUGAAUACGCAUCUGGACGAUCAGGGGUCCCGCUCCCGUCUGGAAGCUGCGCGUAUCAUCUUGGAGAAGAUUUCCGACUACAGGGGAAGAACAUACGAUCAGAAUGGGGUGACACGAGCUAUUUCGGGUACCUUCUUGGCUGGUGAUUUCAACAGUGAAGAGAACCAGGAAGCCUACCAAGAACUGACGGUGAGUUUGCUCGAUGCAUACAAGGAAGUUCCAAGCUCCAAACGAUAUGGUAAUCACAUUACUUGGACUGGCUUUGGAUACGAGAACGAAGCGGCCUCGCGGAUCGACUACGUCCUGGUGGACCCCACGAUCAACCUCAACCGGAGACUCACAGUCCACGGGUACAGUGUGUUAGGGAACAAAUUUGACGAUGGCGUUUACUGCUCCGAUCACCGUGCUGUGGUGGUGGACCUGCUGCUCCGAUGA